CGUAAAGCGCCGCGGCCGGGCGCGCUCCCCGCGGGCGCCCUUGGAGAGAGCGGCCAUGAGCGGGAGCGGCGCGAACCGGGCCCUGGAGCUGCUGCGAUCGCUGCCCAGGGUCAGCCUGGCCAACUUAAGGCCCAACCCCGGCUCCAAAAAGCGGGAAAGAAGACGAGGCCGUGGAAGGUACGGAGGUAGGAAGUGUGGCCGAGGUCACAAAGGAGAAAGGCAAAGAGGGAAUCGGCCCCGACUGGGCUUUGAGGGUGGCCAGACUCCAUUCUACUUGGCCAUACCAAAAUAUGGAUUUAAUGAGGGACAUAGCCUCAGACGUCAGUACCAGCCUCUGAGUCUUCAGAGGCUGCAGUACCUGAUUGAUUUGGGCAGAGUUGACCCCACGCAGCCGAUUGACUUAACUCAGCUCACUAACGCCAGAGGUGUGACAGUGCAGCCUCUCAAGAGAGAUUACGGUGUCCAGCUGGUGGAGGAGGGUGCUGAUAUUUUUGCAGCAAAAGUAAAUAUUGAAGUGCAGAGGGCAUCUGAAUUAGCAAUUGCAGCCAUAGAAAAAAACGGAGGCGUAGUAACAACAUCGUUCUAUGACCCAAGGAGCUUGGAAAUUUUGUGCAAGCCAGUAGUAUUUUUCCUGCGUGGCAAACCUAUCCCAAAGCGAAUGCUCCCACCUGAAGACCUCGUCCGUUACUACACAGAUCCCAGGAAUCGGGGCUACCUGGCAGAUCCAUCUAAGGUUGCAGAAGCCAGGCUGGAACUUGCCAAGAAAUAUGGCUAUGUCUUACCAGACAUAACUAAGGAUGAACUCUUUAAGAUGUUAAGUGCACGCAAGGAUCCUAGACAGAUAUUUUUUGGUCUUGCUCCAGGAUGGAUCGUAAACCUGGCAGACAAGAAAAUUCUGAAACCAACUGAUGAGAGUCUGUUGAAAUACUACAGCUCAUGAAUUCAGGACUGGACACAAUUGCAGGUGUACAGGAAACAUCUGGGUAUGAAAUAAUGGGUAGAAGUGGUGUGUGUUUGUUUGUUUUUAAGAUUCCUAUUAUACUAGAAAAAAACAUUUUUUUCUUCAUGUAAUCUUCUGGUGUAGCUCUCAACUUUUUUAUUGUCAUAAUAGAGUGUAUCAGAAGUCUUAACAUUUGAAAACAGUGUGGAGUCUGACAUAAAGUGUGGGUCUGGGCACUUUCUCUUCCAGUGGUUUGCCAGUUAUUUUUUUCAGACAAAAGGUUUCGGUUUUGCAUUUGUUUCGGAGGAUAAUUCCACAGAGUCAUUUGACCUAAUAAUUAGUUGAUAUUUCCCCCUCUCAGUUUAAAAUCGGAAACAUGACUGUACAAAACCAAAAUUAGUUUGCCAGUCAUAUUACAUAAAAUUUCUAGAUAAAAGUUCUAGAAAAUGUAACUUGAAUAGCUCUUUUGGUUGGGGAAAAAUAAAAAGAACCAGAAAUUAAAAAGUACUAAAGAUUGCACUAAGCUCUUCCAUUUCAUAGCUAUAUUUUGGAUUUUGCCAUUGCCAUCAAUAGCACUAGAGCUUGAGAGAUCUUGAUUUUUCUAUUUCUUCAUGUGCAAUUGAGGAGGACAGAGUGUGCAGUUUAACAUAACUUUCUGCCUAAAUUUGGGGCUGAGGGGGGGAAGAUAGCUGUCUUAAUUCAAUGGCUUUUAUUAUUCAGAAUUUAAAACUUGUCCUGGCACAAAUGUAAUCUUAUUAAUGAAAAAUGCAUAGCAGAAUCCAGAGUCAGUGAAUGACAGUGACAGCAGAUUAUGAAGGAUGGGGAUGCAAUGGACAAAGUACACAGUCAGAAGUCAGUUUUCAGCUUGAUCACAGAUUGCAUGUGUGACAGUGGACAAAUUAAUUUAAAUAUUGUGAAAAGUUAUGAGCAAACUGUGUUUAUGGGAGACAGCAUUUUAAUCACACCAACUUGAUAAAGUCUUGAAAAAUUUUCUUCAAAAAAGGUUUGUUUUAUCAGUCUCCCCAGAAUACUGCAUUAUUACUAUGCAGGAGUAUUGUAGGUUUUGUGUGGAAGCACUGGGCAUUGUGUGAGCUGGGCAUUUGAAACUGUGAACCAGACGGUAAAGAGGGAUGAGAGAGGAGACCAAGAUGAUGGAUCAGAAUGUGCUCUGACUGCUUGGAGGUUCAUGAGCUGCUUCAUAAUUAUGUGGUUUAAUGGAAGCUGAAUUUGGCUUUAAAAUAGUCAUAAUUUGAUUAUAAGAAUGCAGGAAACAGUUCAGGAGAACAGAACAUGAGAUGUCAUCUUGCUUUCCAAUUUUGAUGUGCCUUUGGAAAUGCUACUUAGAGUUUUCUGUAGCUGCCAGACCAUCCCAUCUCAUAGGGAAAGUCCUCUGUGUGCUAGAAUCUCCUCUUUCUCCUGUGUAACAUCUGUAUUUUGCUGGUAUACCUCAAUGGGGAAGGAUUUAAGAAAAAUCUUCUUUUUCUUUCGGACAGUAAAAUGAAGUGGAUGAAUUUUUGUUGGUGUUUGUCAACCAGCCCAGAUUUUUCCUUCACUCAACAACCUGCCUUAUUAAUUAUUAUGACCAUCUGUAAUCACAGAACAAAAUAAAACAUGUCUUCUCAUUCUGAUGAAAUAAUCUGAAAUCAAGAGAUUAAGAAUAAAAAGUCGCCAAAUUUUGAAAACUUA